AUGGUGUCAAACCCAGUGAUUGAGGGCGUGGCAGUCGUCACCCUGCGGGCACUGGAGACAGUGGAUGACGGCAAGGGGGGCCGGAAGCUGCCUGGCGCCCUGGGGCUGCUGCCGGCGGCCGUCCAAGAAGUCAUCCACCACUCGAGGACAAAGGGAUGGCGCAGCCUGUACGCCGGCCUGAAGCCGUCGGUGGUGGCCACCGCCACGUCGCAAGGGAUCUACUUUUAUGUUUACUCCCUGCUCAGGGGCUGGGCAGUGUCGGCGCAGUUAGCGGCCGCGCGGCGGCAGCAGCGGCAGCGGCGGCGGCGCGCGCGGGAGGAGGGGCUGCAGCUGCUGGCGGACGCAGAGGCCGCAGACGCGCACUCGGCGGCGAUCGGCGUCGGCGCGUCGCUGCUCGUGGCAGCCGCGGCCGGCUGCAUCAACGUCGUGCUCACGAUCCCGAUAGUCAUGCCGCGCCUCGCGCUCUGA